AUGAAUUCAUCUGUCCCAAUGAUCGACUUGUCAUCUGGAGAUGACGAAGAAGUCGACUAUGCAAUGAUGAGAAGCUACCUGCCGAUGCCAGGACCGUCUGAUGGAGAAAUGGAAGUUCCGAGUCUUCUAUUCGGAAAUGGUAAUCUGUGUAGAUCUACGUUAUCCAUAAAUCAACCAUCUAUGGCUCCAUCCCCAUUCUCCGAGAUUACGGUUUCAUCGCAGCGUCCGUUGGUCGCAAGAUCCGGAUCCAAUUCCAGUGAGCACACGGCGUUGAUGAAGGAGGCGCUGAAGAAGAAACCAGUGGCAGAUAUAGCACAUGUAAUCAGUACAACACUCUCAGCUAACGUCGCCGAGUCUUCUGAAUCCCUUCCCCCUGUCGUCAAAAUUCAAAAUCUUCCCCUGAUUCCUUCCUACUUAUCACUUCAAGAAGAGCCUUUCUCAACGAAUCCAUCGUCGACGUCAUCUGGAAUCCCGAAAUCAUCAUCGACGGGAGCGAUGCCACGUCGUCCGCCCCUGCUCCGUCUGGCGCCGGUGCCAGAGGACGAGGAGGACGACGAGGUGUUUUUAGAGGGACAAAGUAGCGACGAUAAGCAGAGGUUUUUGCCGUUGAGAAAGCCGCGUCGAUUCCACCACUCGAGCCUUCUGGAUUCAGAAGACGUCGUCAAUAAUAGUGAUGAUGAGACGGUGAUGAUGGAGCAAGAGCAAGAAAAUAAGAGGUGUCAUCUGGUGUCAUCAUCGCACGCGUCGUUGCGUUCGCUGUCGCCGUGCCCGUCGCUUCAGUCGUCGUCGUCAAUCGGUGGUUGUGGUGGUGGUAUGGGCAUUGGCGGAGGCGGCGGCGGUGGUGGUUUCAUCGGAGCAUCAGGAACGAGCUCGACCACUACACGACGGAAUGCGGCUAUUGCAUCGACAUCGUCGACGACGUCGUCGACCGCCGGAAGACGAGCGUCCGCAUUCGUUCGGCGCAUGUCUAUGGCGAUUCCGACGUUGUCGGCGGAUCCCGUCCCGUUCUCAGCGAUCAAUUCGAUCUACCAAAAUAACCAUGCCAGUAAAAAUGUCUACCCUGUUACCGUACCGUAA